AUGGCGGUUGUGGUGGUGGCGCUGCUCCUCGCGGCGGCGGCGUCGGCAGUGCUGGCCGUGCACGACUACGGCGACGCCCUCCGCAAGAGCAUCCUCUUCUUCGAGGGCCAGCGGUCCGGCCGCCUGCCACCCACCCAGCGCCUCCGGUGGCGGCAGGACUCGGCCAUCCACGACGGCGCCGAGGCCGGGGUGGACCUGACGGGCGGGUACUACGACGCGGGCGACAACGUGAAGUUCGGGUUCCCGAUGGCGUUCACGGCGACGCUCAUGUCCUGGGGCCUAAUCGACUUCGGGCGCAGCUUCGGCGCGGCGCACGAGGCGGACGCCCGGGCAGCCCUGCGGUGGGCGACGGACUACCUGCUGAAGGCGACGUCGACGCCCGGGACCGUGUACGUGCAGGUCGGGGACGCGUCCCGCGACCACGCGUGCUGGGAGCGGCCGGAGGACAUGGACACCCCGCGCACCGUCUACAAGGUGGACGCGGCGCACCCGGGGUCCGACGUCGCCGCCGAGACGGCGGCGGCGCUGGCGGCGGCCUCCAUCGUGUUCCGCGACGCCGGCGACCCCGGGUACGCGCGCGCGCUCCUGGACCGCGCCGUGCAGGUGUUCGAGUUCGCGAACGCGCACCGCGGCGCGUAUAGCGGUAGCCUCCGCGACGCGGUGUGCCCUUGCUACUGCGACUACGACGGGUACCAGGACGAGCUGCUGUGGGGCGCCGCCUGGCUGCACAGGGCGUCGCGCCGCCGGGAGUACCGCGAGUACAUUAAGAGGAAUGAGGUGGCGCUCGGCGCCAGCGUCUCCAUCAACGAGUUUGGGUGGGAUAACAAGCACGCCGGCAUCAACGUCCUCAUCUCCAAGGAGGUACUGAUGGGCAAGGACGAGUACUUCCGGUCGUUCCGUGAGAACGCCGACAACUUCAUCUGCAGCCUCCUACCGGGCAUCUCCGGCCACCCUCAGAUCCAGUACUCCCCAGGCGGCCUCCUCUUCAAGGUGGGCAACAGCAACAUGCAGCACGUGACGUCGCUCUCCUUCCUGCUCCUCGCCUACUCCAACUACCUCAGCCACGCCGACGCCCGCGUCUCCUGCGGCGGCGGCGGCGCGUCCUCGGCGUCGCCCGUCCAGCUCCGCCGCGUCGCCAAGCGGCAGGUGGACUACAUCCUGGGGGACAACCCGCUGCGGAUGUCGUACAUGGUGGGGUACGGGCCGCGGUACCCGCUGCGGAUCCACCACCGGGCCAGCUCGCUGCCGUCGGUGGCGGCCCACCCGGCGCGGAUCGGGUGCAAGGCGGGCGCGGCCUACUACGCCAGCCCGGCGCCCAACCCGAACCUGCUGGUGGGCGCCGUGGUGGGCGGGCCCAGCAACAGCACCGACGCGUUCCCGGACGCGCGCGCCGUGUUCCAGCAGUCGGAGCCCACCACGUACAUCAACGCGCCGCUGCUCGGCCUGCUCGCCUACUUCUCCCAGCACCCCGACCCAGCGCAGCACUGA